GGAACACAGCGUAAGUGAAAAGUUGGUGCAAAAUAAGGAACCCCAAAACACCCCAUCUCGCCACCAACCCUCCGCCGGAUCCCUUAGCCCCACCAUCCCACUGCGGGAGCUCUCAACCCUCCACCACAUCGCCGGAUUUCUCUCUCCUCCGCGCGAUUUUUCUGCUACAUUCGUUGGGGGUUUUGGACGUGCUGUUGGAAAUGGAAGACUUUGUGAAGGAAUCUGAUGCUCCCCUGAAACAUUCUUCGGAGGAGGAUUUAAGGAUGCUGCGAGAUGCGAUCUCCCUUUUAGAAAAACGCGAGAGGCGCUUCGGUCGUGUUGGCUACCUCGAAAAACGAUAUCAUCAGCACGCACGUCGCGAAAUCCAGGAGAAGAUGAGAGUUUCACUCUUUGCAUACAAGGAGUCACUACAGUUAGACGGCAUACAGAGAUACAGACUUAAAGACAUUUUAUCCGCAACCAACAACUUUUCUGAGGAAAAUCUCAUUAAGGAAGGUGUAUCAGAAAAGUUGUACAAAGGACAACUCUUGCGGGAUGGGAAUCUGAUGAAUUUGACCGUACGGAGGUUAGAUUGUACUUAUGGGCAAGGAGGUGAAUUGCAGACGGAGAUUCAAACGCUUAAGAGUCUCAAACAUGAAAAUAUCAUCUCUAUUUUUGGGCAUUGUGAUGAGAACAAUGAAAAGAUUAUCGUUUACGAGCAAGCAUUUCACGGAACUCUUGACCGACAUCUAAGUGAUCCAACAUUCACAUGGUCUCAAAGACUUCAAGUAUGUUUAGGUGUUGCAAAUGCAGUGAAGUGCAUCCACUAUGAUAUCAUACAUUGUGACGUCAACAGCUCUAAAAUAUUUUUAAAUGAAGAUUGGGUACCCAAAUUAUACGGUUUUGAACUUUCCACAAAGUAUCCUCAAAGCUGGAGGCAUCGUAUUCUCUACUCUCGCUACUUUGACACCAACAAUAUGACACCCAAGUAUGAUGUUUACUCUUUUGGUGUGUUAUUGUUUGAAGUCCUUUGUGGGAGGAAACUGAUGAUUACAAAUGGCGUUAUUCAGGAAGAACCAGUUGACCGUAAUUUAAGGAAACAAUUGGACAUGGAAUCUUUGAGACAAUAUAAAGACUUGGCUUGGAAAUGCUUGAAUCAACAACCUGUGAAUCGUCCAACUAUGGAUCAGAUUGUCAAAGAACUUAAGGAGGUGUUGAAACUUCAUUUCAUACAUGCAAAUAUUCAUGCAAAAGCCGUAGAUGAAGGUACAACAUCCAAAAGCUUGGAGAUGGAUUUAUACAACAUCCCGUUGAGCAUAAUAAAGCUAGCGACAAAUAAUUUCGAUAAAGGGUGCGCUGUUGGGUCUGGCGGGUAUGGUACAGUCUACAAAGCGGAACUUGAUGUUUCAUCUGUCAAAAGUUUGUCAUCAAAGGAAAGGGAGUGUAACGAUGGAAUGCCCAAGAUAAGUGUAGCGAUAAAACGUAUCCUUAGCAGAGAAGACGGGCAAGCUGAAAAAGGGUUUUUAUCAGAAAUUGAUUUGCUUACUAGUUGUAAGCAUCUUAAUAUAAUCUCUCUUUUAGGCUUUUCUAGAGAAUCCAAUGAAAUGAUUCUUGUUUAUGAGUAUGCUUCUAACGGAAGCCUUAGUGAUUAUAUAGGAAACAAGGGUAAAUCGAAUAAUCUUACUUGGACACAAAGAAUACAAAUUUGCCUUGAUAUUGCACAUGGAAUUAAUUACCUUCACACCCCCAUGGAGGGAAAACCAAGGAUAAUACAUCGAGAUAUAAAGAGUGAUAACAUUUUAUUAGAUGAAAAUAUGACUGCAAAGCUUGCUGACUUUGGGCUCUCCAAAUUUCAUAAUAUGAAGCAAUUUGCUAGCACUGUCUGUACAAAAAUGCUUGCAGGCACAGAGGUUUAUAUGGAUCCAGAAUUUAUGACUACAGGCAAGUAUAAAAGGAAAUCUGAUAUUUACUCCUUUGGAGUAGUUUUAUUUGAGGUCCUCUCUGGGAGUUUGGCCUAUGAUCGAGUUUACCUUGACGAAAAUGACAUGGGGCUUGCACCCGUUGUAAGGCAACACUACAAGGAGGGAACAUUAAAGGAACUUAUGGAUCCUAAAAUAAUAGAAGAAGACGAUGAUCGUAUUUUUACUUUAAAUAGAGGACCCAAUCAAGAUUCUUUUGACGCAUUUUCAAAAAUCGCGUUUAAGUGUUUAGCAGAAACUCAAGCCGACCGUCCAACAAUGGAAGAAGUCAUCAUGGAACUUAAAAACGCAUUGAACUUGCAAGGGGAAAGCAUGGUACUCUCAAGGUUUCGACUCGGUGAUAUAAAUUUGGCUACGAAGGACUUUGCUGAAACAUGCUGCAUUGGGUUAGACCCAAAUAGCAUGGUGUACAAAGCUGAACUCGAUCAUUUUGAAAACAAUAGUAUGCUGGCAGCAGAAGGGAAGGAUAGUGAUGUACGAUCCAAGAAACACAUUACUGUAGCUAUAAAACGCAUCAAAGAAAAAGCAGAGUUCGUUGCGGAACUUGAAAUGGCUGGCUAUAAGCAUCCCAACGUAGUCUCUCUUAUUGGCUUCUGUGACGAAGUUGAUGAAAUGAUCCUUGUCUACGACUAUGCUCCUGAGAGAAGCCUUGAUGACUAUUUGAAAAGCGUUGAUAACAAGGAUAAUUUUAGUUGGACCCACCGUCUGCGCAUGUGCCUUGAGAUUGCACGCGGGAUCAAUCACCUUCACACCAUGAUGUUCAACCAACAAAGGAUAAUACACCGACACAUAAAGAGUGCGAACAUUCUGUUAGGUAAGAACUUGGAGGCGAAAAUUGCGUACUUUGGGAUCUCUACAGAUAUAGGCGUGAAUGUGUACAAGGAUCCAGAAUAUGAAACGACAGGUAACAUGAAAAGAAAUUCUGAUAUAUACUCUUUAGGAGUUGUGUGUUUUGAAAUAUUUUGUGGGCGGCUGGCAUAUGAUCUGGAUUUCAUGGUUGAAAAUGACAAAGGGCUUGCACCCAUUGCACGCCAAUGCUUCAAUGAUGGAACAAUAGAGAACAUAAUGGAUCCGAAGCUAACGGAAGAAACUCAUGAAGAAAUUUCCUCUUCAAAUGGAGGACCCAACAAAGAUUCUUUGAAAACAUUUUUAAAAGUUGCAUAUCAGUGUUUGGGAGAAGCUGCCAAGCGGCCUACAAUGAAAACCGUGAUCAAGGAGCUUGAGAUAGCAUUAAACCUUUCUAGUUAUGAAGGGUCGCUUUCUCAUAGUGGAUCUCUUGAUUUAUCUCAACAUCCUACUUUUACGCAUUCGCCGUCAUUUGUCGAUCCACAAAGCAAUCAACAAUACCAAAUGGUCCCAUUCACGUCUUCGCCUUCUAAAAAAGCGUUAAAGGUUCUACUUCUACAUGGGAAUUUGGAGAUAUGGAUACACGAGGCGAAAAACCUUCCGAAUAUGGAUAUGUUUCAUAAAACAAUGGAGGAAGUUCUCAAUUAUUUACCAGGAAACAAAAGUAAAAUAACUAGUGAUCCAUACGUCUCUGUCGCUGUUACAACUGCCGUGAUUGCAAGAACUUACGUAAUUAGUAACUCCGAAAACCCUGUUUGGAAACAACAUUUUAACGUCCCCGUUGCGCAUAAUGCUGCCGAAGUUAAUUUUCUUGUUAAGGGUAGUGACGUUAUCGGGUCUCAACUUAUCGGAGCCGUAACGAUCCCGGUCAAACAACUAUACUUAGGAACCAGAAUCGAAGGGCUUUUUCCGAUACUUGGUGCAAACGGAAAACCAUGCAAAGUGGGAGCGGUGUUGGGACUUACGAUUCAAUACUUUCCGAUUGAAAAGUUGAGUUUAUAUCAUAACGGGAUCGGAGCGGGCCCGCAAUAUGUAGGAGUUCCCGGGACCUAUUUCCCGUUAAGGCGAGGUGGCAGGGUGACGUUAUAUCAAGAUGCGCAUGUGCACGACGGGUCUCUACCUGAUAUUAGGCUUGAUCAAGACAGGCAUUAUGUGCAUGGGUCUUGUUGGAAUGACAUAUAUGAUGCAAUAAGUAAUGCCCGACGUCUUAUAUAUAUAACGGGUUGGUCUGUAUGGCACAAAGUGAAAUUAGUUCGUGGGACGGCACAAAGUGAAAGUAGUCUUGGAGAUCUAUUGAAAAUGAAAUCACAAGAAGGUGUGAGAGUUUUGCUUCUUGUUUGGGAUGAUCCUACUUCUACGAACAUUUUGGGCUACAAAAAGAAUGGACAAAUGGCUACCCAUGAUGAAGAAACUCGGCGAUUUUUUAAGCACUCUUCAGUUCAAAUAAUUCUUGUUCCUCGUAUAGCUGGAAAAAGACACAGUUGGAUGAAGCAGCAGGAAGCUAAUAUCUAUACACACCACCAGAAAACUGUGAUUGUCGAUACGGAUGCAGGAUAUGGUAAAAGAAGAAUUGUAGCUUUUGUUGGAGGACUUGAUCUGUCUGUCGGCCGAUAUGAUUCCCCAGAACAUCCCUUGUUUAGGACUUCAAAAACAGUUCAUGUGGAUGACUUCCAUAAUCCUACUUUCACGGGUAAUCUUGCGGGUUGUCCAAGAGAACCAUGGCAUGACAUGCAUAGUAAAAUCGAUGGUCCAGCAGCAUAUGAUGUCUUGACCAACUUUGAAGAACGAUGGCUAAAGGCCUCAAAACCUCGUGGUAUCAAAAAACUAAGAAGUACAUAUGACGAUUCUUUGCUCAGACUAGAAAGGUUGCAAGAUCUUUUGGGUAUAAAUGAUCAACCUUACCAUGAUGAACGGGAUCCUGAAGGGUGGCAUGUACAGAUAUUCCGUUCAAUUGAUUCGAACUCCGUUAAAGGAUUUCCAAAAGAUCCAAAGGAAGCUACAAGCAAGAAUUUGGUUUGUGGGAGGAACGUGUUGAUUGAUAUGAGCAUACACACAGCAUACGUGAACGCUAUCCGUUCCGCCCAACAUUUCAUAUACAUCGAGAGCCAAUACUUUAUCGGAUCAUCAUUUAACUGGAAUUCAUUUAAAACCCUAGGUGUCAACAAUUUGAUUCCAAUGGAAAUUGCCCUGAAAAUUGCUAGUAAAAUUAGAGCACGUGAAAGGUUUGCUGUAUAUAUCAUCAUCCCCAUGUGGCCAGAGGGUGUCCCCACAGGCUUUGCUACGCAACGUAUUCUAUAUUGGCAGAACAAGACGAUGCAAAUGAUGUAUGAGACUAUUCACAAGGCAUUGGUAGAAGUUGGGCUCGAUGGGGUAUCUUCACCGCAAGAUUACUUGAACUUUUUUUGUCUUGGGAACCGUGAAGCCAUGGGCCCACACGAUAACGUAGGCGGCGAGAGCCCUGGUUCAGGAAAUACUCCACAGGGACUUGCGUGGAAGAGCCGCCGGUUCAUGAUAUACGUUCAUUCAAAAGGCAUGAUAGUUGACGAUGAGUAUGUAAUUAUUGGAUCUGCAAACAUUAAUCAACAGUCUAUGGAGGGAACCCGAGCAGAGAUUGCGAUGGGGGCGUACCAACCUCAUCAUACUUGGGCCACAAGACUCUCGAAUCCACGGGGACAGAUUUAUGGAUACCGAAUGUCUCUUUGGGCCGAGCAUCUUGGGCUUGUGGAUGAUCGAUUUACACAGCCCGAAUCAUUGGAAUGUGUAAGAUAUGUGAGAUCAUUGUCUGAAGCUAACUGGACACAGUUUGCAGCUGAUGAGGUGUCAGAAAUGAGGGGACAUUUACUAAAAUACCCUGUUGAAGUGGGUCCAAGUGGCAAGGUAAGUUCUCUUCCGGGAUGUGUAAACUUCCCAGAUGUUGGCGGUCAGAUUGUCGGGUCGUUCACUGUGGUUCAAGAGAAUUUGACUAUUUGAUUAGUGUUUUUGGGCAAUUUUGACUUUUCAAAAUUAGGGUUCUUGUUGAGUGGUGGUGUUUAUGAUGUUAGUGGUUGCAAAUAGUUUGAUGUUCAUGUUGUGUUUGCAUAUAUGUACAUUUGACUACCUUUUGUUCUAUUCAAAUGACACCAAAACCCUUGAAUCU